CCUACCCCUCGGGGUGCCAGGCCCGUGGUGCCGCAGGACAGCCUUGAGCGGGCACUGCUGGACGGGCUGCCGGCCGCCGAGGGCCUGCGACAGGGUGCAGCGAUGCUCACCUCGGCUGCCUCCGUGGCCCCUGAGAUGGCUGGCCGGCGCCCCCCGGGGCCCCCGGGACCCCCCCCACCGCUGCUGCCCAAGCCCGGGAAGGACAACCUGCGUCUGCAGAAGCUCCUGAGGAAGGCAGCCCGGAAGAGGACGAGCAGGGCCGGGCCGCCUGCCCCGCCCGGGCCUUUCCGCACGUCCUUAUCCCCCGUGAGCGAGGCCGGCCAUGACCAGGAGACCCCGGCCCCGCGGCCCGCGGAGGCGCCGCGGGCGGUGGCCACCCUGCCCUGCUCCCCCCACACCCGCGUCAUCCACCGCGUGGCGUCCCCCCUGCAAAGGUCCACGUUCUCCAUCAGCCUCACCCAGCUCAGGAGCCUGGCCUCACGCUCCAAGCCCACGGGGCCCCGGCUCGCAGCCCCGGUGGCAGAACCCGCCCAGUCCCCCUGCGGCUUUGCCCAGGUCUCAGGCCCCACCGUGAGGGGCACCCACAACAGCCAGGUGCGCUUCCGCCGGGCACCGUCCCCGCAGGCCGGGACCCCUGCGCCCUCCCCAGUGGCCCCGGAUGGUGGGCCUGGCGACCGGGCCCAGGGCACAGCCAUCCGCCCUCCCAGGGCUCAGCCCCUGCUGCCUGUGGUCCGCAUCCACUCACUGCCCGCCAGGGCCCAGGCUGCCAGCCCUCGGCACGGCGAGCCCUCUGUGCCCAGGCCGGCCCCCGGCUUCCAGGCCUCAGGGCCCAGAGAGGCCAGCAGCCGGGUGGUGGUGUCCAUUGCCCCCACCUACCGCUCACCAGGACCCUCGCCUUACAGGCUGGCCUCUGGGGCCCCCGAAGCCGGGCACCGGGAGGACCCCGCCCCGGCCGGCCCUGCCGCUGAGGCUGAGCAGGUCUCCAGCCCCCAAGAGGCCUCAUCCCCUGCCCCACCGUCAGGCACCCACCCGUGCCCUGUCCCCAAAGUCGCGCCCAAGCCCCAGCUCAGCGGCUGGACACGCCUCAAGAAGCAGCUGCUGGAAGAGGCCCCCUUCCCGGGGCCAGAGCCGAGCCCGGGGCACGCGGGGCUGGGAGGGGCAGCCCCCACUGACUCGGCGCCCCGGCCGGCCCCCGCCUCACGGUCCUCCAGGAUGUGGGACGCAGUGCUGUGCCGCAUGUCAGUGGCAGAGUCCCGUGGCGGCCAGGUGGGGCCCCGGGAUGGGGUGUGCGCCCCGCCUGGCCUCAGCCGCCUGCCCUUCCUUUACUGGCCUCGCUUCAACGCCCGGAAACUGCAGGAGGUGGCCGCCCAGCCCCCUCCCACGCGCUACCCCAUCCCGGCCCUGAGCCCCCAGCCCCAGAACUUCAAUCGUUCGGCAGCUGGCUGGAGGCCCCAGUGAAUGGCCGGGGGGGCCCCGGGACCGUGGGGGGCAGAAGAGGGGCUGAGGGUCCAGCUGGGAAGCCACAGCCACAAAGGACCGUGGUGGGAGGUGGGGCGCGGCCGGGAGCAGCUGGGAUUAAGGAGGCGGCGGGUUUGGACGGUGUGGAGGGGCGGGGAGGGCUCUGCACUGGGGUGGGGGUGAGGACUUCUGGGGUGAACUUCUGGGGAGACAGACCGUACCCAAGUCUGCUCUGAGGCUGGGGCUGCAUGCGUGACCCUGCAGGGCAAGGCCGGCCUGAGUGUGCGCACAGGGCUUGGGGUGGGGGUGCAGGAGGUGGUCACCAGCGAGACCCUGCCUGGGUCCAGGGAAGCUGCAGGCGGGGAUCAGGGCCCAGCGGAGCCCCACACGCUCUGGGUGACGAGCCCUGAUGAUUGACAGGAUGAGCAGGAUUCUGGGGCCCCGGCCCUUCUGCCGAGAAAGGUUGGGGGGACGAGCUAUGCUGUCGUGCAGAGUGGGAGUGGUCGGGGUGACUCAGUCGCAGGCACCGUGGGCUCCGUUAGCUGCAUCGGCGGCUUGGCAGCCGCGCCUCCCAAGGACGGAGGCCCGACGGGUGCGGGGAGCCAGGUCCAGGCCCGGGGGGUAGCUGGCCCCACACCCCUGCCCCUUCACUGCCACCUCUGCUCCCCCCGCCUGGGUGCGGAGCUUGAGGGGGACUCGCUGAUGGGAGACAGAGGGCUGGGGUCUCAGCCUAGAAGCUGGAUGAGGAGGGAGGUCCGAAGUCAGCCUGGCCAAGUGGCGGGGGGGGGGGGGGGGGUGGCCCGGAGGGGGCAGCGAUGGGGACCCCCAGUCUGCACUCAGCUGGGGUCUGACUCGGGACAAGCACUGGGGCCCAGACGGGGCAGCCGUGCUACGAGGCGGACACGGAGGUGCUGGGGGGAAGCUCCAGCCACAGCCCCCGGAGCAGGACUCAGAAGGGAGGAAGCCGUCAGGAGGGGACAUGAUGGAUGUUGUAAACGGAUCCCGGGACCCAGGCCGCUAAUAAAAGUGUGCGUAACCGUAA